CUUUUGUUGUUUGUUUCCGGGAAAUGCAGGCAACACGCUCCUUUCAAGCAUCAUUGUGUUUAGACAAUCAAAAUAUUACACUUGAUAUUCAAAAGGGUCAAAACCUAAAAGACUUUACACAACACAUUGUUCAAUCAUACCAUUUACCUACCCAUGUCAGUGUGUCCAUCUAUUCCAGCAUUCAAAGAGCCAUGACGUGUUCGACAACAAGAAAAGAAGGAGGAGGAGGUCUAUCCCCUUCUUCUAAAAAGGAGCUGCGUCAUUUAUUUAUGGAUGCAUAUCAAUCAAAUACACUUCAAUAUAAUAAUAAACCAGAAGAAGACAUCUUUCCUCGUGCAUAUCACACUCUUGUUCAUUGUCCUAUCGCCACUAUUUUCGACACUCUACUUGAACUAGAACAAAGUUAUGCUAUUGCUAUUGGCGAACUAUUGGCGUCGGGGGAAGAAGAAUUCAUGCAGAAAUUAGAAGCCGGAGCUACAGAAGAAGAAAUACAAGCAUUUCAGUUGGCCUGUCAAUCAGAUAUAUCACAUACACAACAAACUCAACGACAAGAGUAUAGAGAAUUUGUUAUUGAACUCUACCGUGAAUAUCAAUCCAGACUGACUUUACUACCCGAUCUUAAACUUCAAGAUGAUGCAUUGGCCUUGUCAAAGUUGGAUGGAAAAGAAAUCGUUGAUACCGCUGCUCGUCGUGUACGUCGUUUCGAACCUCCUCCUCCUUCAACUCACAUUGAUUCACAUCAUCCUGCCAAUCGAAAAAGAACUGCAUCACUUGCCAGUAGUACUCUACCCAAAUCAGAUCCAAUCGAAUCCGCACAUGUAAAAAGUAUUCAAGAGAUGGGAUUUUUAAAGGAUCAAGCAGAGACUGCUUUACUAUUAUCAGGUGGAAAUAUGGAGGCUGCCAUCGGUUUAUUACUUGAAAAUCCAACCAAAGUAGAUGCCUCUAUAGCCGAACAAAGGCUAUCUGUAAAAUCAAGUACGAGUACACCUUACCGUCGAUCACAUUCCCUCAGUCAAGUGCCCAGACCCAAUCUCAUGGCUUCACCUCCUUCUUCUGUACGUAACGAUAGACGUCAUUCACUGCAAAGGUUUUCUACCACACCUACCUUUUUAAAUAUUACCACCAGCAAAUCACCAGCAUCUGCUUCUGUUUCCUCAUCUGCCAAUAACAAGAGUUGGCCCAUUUCAUUCUUGCAACAACAAAAGCAAAACAUGGAAAACACAAACCUUUCCUCUAUGAAGAAACUGGGGGGUUGGUUAGGAAAGGCCAUGGAAAAUCUUGGUAUCGAUCAUGAUGCACAUAAACAAAGGGAUCAACCACAAUUGGUUGAAUCCUUUAGUAUCAAAGUGGGUACCACCCAAAUCACAUCGUCCCAUAAUUUACGCUUAUUAGUCAUUGAUGAAGCCACCGAGAUUUUUCAUCCACCUUAUGAUCCACCGCGUGAAAUGGCCUACCGUGCUGAAACUGCAACAAAGCUCUAUACAAGCUCUCUCAGUGCAGCCAUUGUCUUGAUCGAUCUACAGGACUGGGAUGGCUAUAAAUCCGGUAAAAAAUCAAAUGGGGCCCUUUUCGCGCGUUGUCAACAAUCCACAGAAUUUCAUUUUGCUGAUAUCGAAUCUCAAAUCACUCAAAUCGAACAGGAUUUUAGUCUUCAUCCCACUCGAAUCACAGAGGGCACCUUUUUUAUCACAAAGCAUUCCAACUUACCUAGAACACAAGUCGUCUUUCAUCUCUUUAUCGACAGUACAGCUGUGGUGGACACCGACUUGUCUAAUCGCCACCCUCUCAUGAUAGGUCUACGUAAUGUCUCCAAAAUGACCACACAAUUCGAUAUAUCCAGCAUCUCCAUCCCCUUGCUCUUUUUACCCGACGGCUUCAAUGAGAAACACGAUAGUGCUUGGCUUCAGAAACGAGGUGAGGUGGUCAUGAAAUGUAUCAAGGGCUUUCUUAGUGAGAAUUCACGUAGUGGUAAACGCGUGCAGAACGAAGGUCUGGAUCGUGCUGAGAGUAUGGGGGGAGGUGGUAUGCGCAAUAUCGAAUUUCUGUUACCCAAGAGACCCGAUGUCUAUGGUCCCAUCUCUACCUCCACUGAACCUACAUCAUCCAAAGGCGUGCCUCAAGAAGUCGAGGUGGCAUUUCAACAAUUUAGAGCUUUAUUGGCCUAUUUAUUUCGUACCAGUUGA